UACUUGGCUUUAGUUUAUCUUUGCAGUUAUUGGAAAGUGAUUGUUUUGAAGUAAUGCCCACAGAAAGUGGAAGCUGUGCCCCUGCUCGCCAAGCCAAGCAGAAACGAAAAUCCCACAGUCUUUCUAUACGAAGAACCAACAGUUCUGAACAAGAGAGGUCAGGAUUGCAGAGGGAGAUGCUGGAAGGCCAGGAUUCAAAGCUACCCUCAUCCAUUAGAAGUACACUUCUGGAACUUUUUGGUCAAAUAGAAAGAGAAUUUGAGAAUCUCUACAUUGAGAAUCUUGAAUUACGCAGAGAGAUUGAUACACUUAAUGAACGCUUAGCAGCUGAAGGCCAAGCCAUUGAUGGAGCAGAAUUGAGCAAGGGGCAGCUGAAAACAAAAGCCAGCCAUAGUACCAGUCAGCUGUCUCAGAAAUUAAAGACUACUUACAAGGCAUCAACUAGCAAGAUAGUCUCCAGUUUCAAAACAACAACAUCCAGAGCAAUAUGUCAGCUAGUGAAAGAGUAUAUUGGUCAUCGAGAUGGCAUUUGGGAUGUCAGUGUCACAAAAACUCAACCUGUGGUGCUGGGGACAGCAUCAGCUGAUCAUACUGCUUUGCUCUGGAGCAUAGAGACAGGAAAGUGUCUUGUCAAAUAUGUUGGACAUGCUGGAUCAGUAAAUUCCAUAAAGUUUCAUCCAACAGAACAGGUGUCUCUUACAGCUUCAGGAGAUCAGACAGCUCAUAUUUGGAGAUAUAUAGUGCAAUUGCCCACCCCUCAACCUACCACAGACUGCAAUCAAAUGUCCGGUGAAGAUGAAGUUGAGUUCUCUGAUAAAGAUGAACCAGACGGAGAUGGAGAUGGCUCCAGUGAUUGUCCCACCAUCCGAGUUCCUUUGACUUCCCUAAAAAGCCAUCAGGGUGUUGUCAUAGCAGCUGAUUGGCUGGUUGGAGGGAAGCAAGCAGUGACCGCUUCAUGGGACAGGACAGCCAACUUGUAUGAUGUAGAGACAUCUGAACUUGUGCACUCUCUGACAGGACAUGACCAAGAACUUACACACUGUUGCACCCACCCCACCCAGCGCCUUGUGGUAACUUCAUCGCGUGAUACAACCUUCCGUUUGUGGGAUUUCAGAGACCCUUCUAUUCACUCUGUGAAUGUCUUUCAGGGCCAUACAGACACCGUGACUUCAGCUGUUUUCACUGUGGGGGACAAUGUAGUUUCAGGUAGUGAUGAUCGUACUGUGAAAGUUUGGGACUUAAAAAAUAUGAGAUCACCCAUUGCCACUAUUCGCACAGACUCUGCAGUAAACAGGAUUAAUGUUUGUGUCGGUCAAAAAAUCAUUGCCCUUCCACAUGACAACCGACAGGUUAGAUUAUUUGACAUGUCUGGAGUGCGAUUAGCACGUCUUCCUCGUAGCAACAGACAGGGUCACAGAAGGAUGGUUUGCUGCUCAGCAUGGAGCGAAGAUCAUCCAAUAUGCAACCUCUUCACUUGUGGAUUUGAUCGCCAGGCUAUUGGAUGGAACAUCAACAUCCCUGCUUUGCUUCAGGAAAAAUGAGAAGCUCUCCUCAUGUUUUCCCGGUUUUAUUGCCACAAACUUAGUGCAGACUUUCCUGUAAGCUGCAGUCAGUAUAAAAGGCACACUUUGCAAAGGGCGGUGGGUGGAAUUGCAAAUAUUGUUACUGCAUUGUGCACAGUUGCAUGAAAUGUACAGAAAAAAAU